AUGGCGCCGCGAACUGCCAGAUCCACCAUGGCACCCAGAGCUGCCAGAUCCGCCAUGGAUCCCGGAACGGGCGCCGCCCUGGAGGCCUUCUGUCCGCUCUCCUCUCACACCGUUGCUAUGCGACAGAGUGCUAAUCGGGAACCUCUGGUGUGGCAAUUAGGAAAUCUUGCGAAGGCGGAGCCAGUGCCCUUCGAAGUGUGUGCACUUAACUUUGGGACACAGCUCAUGAGUCUGACAAAUAGACAGGAAGUUUGGUUGAACUUGGCUCCCGUUAAUGGCAGUGAUGUUGGGGUGAAGACUGAUCUAGUGACCAUCAAUCCCAGUCAGCUCUCAGCAGAUUUCAGAAAUAUGGCUGUGAAUCCAGGUCCGCUGGUGCGGCGCGUGAGUGUGUAUGGAAAUGCGUCUCUGAUGAUUCCAGCCUUUGCAUACACAGUCUGCACUGCGGUGUCAAUUAAAACCCUCCAGGUGCUCCAGCCGAUCAGACCUCAGCAGCCUGUGGUGUUCUUUAGUCCCUACUACCUCAAGACAUUGGACCGUUUCUGGAAGGGGCUUGGCCUGAAAGAAAAACGCCUCUCCACAGGUUUCAUGUUAGUUAAUAUGGCACUAGAGCUAUUUGAUGAUGUGCAUUUAUAUGGAUUCUGGCCAUUUGACAUCAAUCUAAAGCAGCAGACACUUCAACACCAUUAUUAUGACAACAAACCACCCAAACCGUUCGUGCACGCCAUGCCAGAGGAGUUCGUCCACUUGUUACAGCUUCACAGCCAGGGGGCGCUAACACUGCACCUACAGCCCUGCUUAUAA